AUGAGUUCUACACGAUAUGGACACACCGCAUCACUCUUAACAAAUGAAAAAAUAUUAGUUACUGGUGGAUAUCAUCAUAAUAUGACAAAUACAGUUGAAUUAUAUGAUCCAUCAACAGAAGAUUGGACAACUUUUGAAAGGAUGAAUUAUGUACGAUAUUAUCACACAGCAUCCGUAUUAUCAAAUGGAAAAGUGUUAGUUACUGGUGGAUUUACUAGUGAAGAUUUGAAUUCGAAUGCUGCAGAAUUAUAUUAA